UCUUUGUUGCUUUGGUUUGCAUUUUGCAGUGUGGUUCGUCGCCUCCCACUUUUGUCAUUUUGUCUUCUCGCUGGAAUCCAGUCAUGCUUUGACUUCUUUGGAGUCCUUUUUGGGGACGUUUAGGACUUUUCUUGCAGCCGAGCUUUACAGGUGUGUUGUUUUUUUUUUCCUAUGCUUUUGCUCUUUUUGGGAUGUUUUUGUGGUUUUUGGCGGAUAGAUGCUAGGCGGACUGGGUUUUUGUUUUCCACAAAGAUGAAGACGCUACAUUGGAGAUUAAAGAUUGCAAACAUGUGCAAUAACAGACAAGGAGUGCGCCAGGUGGAGGAUGACUGGUAAAACCCAGACCAGCAACGUGACCAACAAGAAUGACCCGCGCUCGCUCAACUCCAGAGUCUUCAUCGGCAACCUCAACACGGCCAUCGUCAAGAAGACCGACAUCGAGGUCAUCUUCGCCAAGUACGGCAAGAUCGUGGGCUGCUCCGUGCACAAGGGCUACGCCUUCGUACAGUACCUGGCUGAGAGGAACGCCCGGGCGGCCGUGGCCGGCGAGAACACCCGCGUCAUCGCCGGACAACCUUUGGACAUAAACAUGGCUGGCGAGCCCAAACCCUACAGGCCCAAAACCGUCUCCAAAAGGCCCAUCUCAGCGGUCUACAGCCCCCUCUCCCACAGUGGUUAUGAAUUUGACUACGAGUACUACAGAGAUGACUUCUACAGCAGGCUUUUUGACUACCACGGCCGAGUGGCGCCCCCUCCAAGAGCCGUGAUCCCCGUAAAGCGCUCCAGGGUGCUGGCUCCUUCCUCCCGCCGCGGGAAAGCCUCCUUCCAUAUCAAAACGUCCUCCUCUUCCUCGUCGUCGUCCUCCAGACCUCCCACGUCCUCCUCCUCCGCAGCCGGCAUCAAACUGAAGACCAACCAACUGCAGACCAUCAAACGGGAGCUGACGCAGAUCAAGACCAAGAUCGAUUCCCUGCUGGGUCGCCUGGAGAAGAUUGAGAAGCAGCAGAGAGUCGAGUCCGAGGCUCAGAGGAAGUACGAGGACAACUGCGACUCGCUGCAUGACGAGUCGGUGUCAGAGGCGGCGGAGAACUCCGGCGAGGAGGCCGGCGGGGGAGCGCUGGACGUGGAGGCCGGCGAGAUGAGCGACUGCGGCGAGGACGACUACGACGAAGAGGACGAGGAGGGCGGCCGCCACCGUCUGAUAGAGAACCACAUUUCGGAUAUUGACAACUGAAAUGAGGAAAUUGUCCCGAAUUCAUCAUUCCUUUCAUGAGGCGGAGAGAGGGAGGAUCAGCGAAGUAUCCAGAGUGACCGGACGGACUUGAAGAGACGCCCACGAGUGGGCAGCAAAUGUGGCGUAUGUAAAAAAAAAAAAUUUAAAAAAAAAUUACAAUUUACCACAAUGUUGUGCUGUUGUCGUAUCCCACGGGGAUACUUGGGAUGUGGUUUUGCGUACGCGGAACAUUUUCUUAAUGUGAAUAAAAUUUAUUUAUUCACAUUUUGUGUGUUUGCGUCUUCUCAACAUGCGCUAAAGUAUUUAUUUUAAAGCUUAAUUUUGGUCCGCCUCCAGUCUUCAACAACUCAAUGUGUUUCUCUCUCCCGCCCCCCCCACCGACACAAUUGAUAUUUGCAGUGUGUAAUUUGGAUUGGACGGAUCAAUUUAAUGACCUACCGGUAAUUCUUGAGUUAGCGCAGAAGCUAAUAGUUAGCUUUAUUAUGCGUUGUUGCCAUCACUUCUGACGCGGCCAAUCUUCAGAAAAACUAGAAGGUGGUCGCUAGCUAGCAACCCUCCGAAAUGGCAACUAGAGCAGUGAUUCUCAAACUAGUGGUACCCAGGCACCAUCUGAUGGUACGCAAAAGAAUCACCUAAUUACGUAUUUUUCGGACUAUAAGUCGCAGUUUUUUUCAUAGUUUGACCGGGCUCCAGUGCGACUUUUAUAUGUUUUUUUUCCUUUUUUAUUAUGCAUUUUCAGCAGGUGCGACUUAUACUAAGGUGCGACUUAUACUCCGAAAAAUGCGGUAUAUAUUCAAACACAGUAUUACUGUUCAAACUGUGUGUAAUGUUACAUUGGCCAGAAAUAUUCAAUAUACUUGGUAAAUAAAACCUCUGCCUUGUUUUUCAUUAAUAUUUAGGCCUACUAUGCUACUGUACUUUAAUGUUUAGUCAUUAUGGUGGUACUUGGAGAGCCAAGCGUUUUCUGAGGUGGUACUUGGUGAACAAAGUUUGGGAACCGCUGAACUAGAGUAUUAUUUAUAGUACUAAGCAUACUUUACACCUGCCAGCUAUUACCGAAACAAAACACAAAAAAUACCGACUGGAGAUUAAUGUGUGUGCUGGCACUUUAAAUCCAAGGUCAGCAAGAUUAUUUGUCAUUAUGGAUGGAUUAACAAUUAUUUUAUUUUCAGUGUUAAAAUAUUGUUUUUUUUUUAAAUUGUGAGAGCGUAAGAGCGAGUGUGGUCAUUUUUAUGCCCUUUUUUUUUUUGGCUCGACAUCCUCUCCCUGUGUAAGUAGUGGUUACCAUGGAAACAGCAGCUAGACUAGACUGUCAAUCAACAACAGUAUACUGACUGAGUCCGUGUGUGAGUGAGUGACUUCGGGCUUUGUUAGAGACGCGAAAAACUGUUGUAUAAAGAAGAAAAAAAAACAAAAUGUUAAAUUUUUUGUAUAAAUAUUUUUAUCAAAAGGCAUGUUUAAUGUAACUUUGUAUUUUCAGUUGAUGUACAAAAAAAGAGGAAAACUACGAUAUAUGACAGCAGCUGUAAGGCCAGAAAGUUCAUUUAGCCAUUGUGUACAUAAAUAUUUGUGUUCCUCUGAUUCAAUAAAGUUUGUGUGACGUUUAAUUAAA